AUGGGUCAAUAUUGUCGACUUGAAUUACUUAAUUCAAAAACUGAUUCCAAUAUUAUUCAACAACUUUAUGAUGCAUUUAAACCAACUGAACAAACUCAUCUUACUUAUUUACCAUAUGGACCAUUUGAAACAUUAGAUGAAUUCAAAGAAUUCAUACAUUCAAUAGAAUUACCUAGUAGUAAUUCUGUAUUCUAUUAUGUUUUAGUGAAUGAUAUUGCUGUUGGAUUUCUAAGUUAUUUAAGAAUUAAUGAAGAACAUGGUACAAUUGAAAUUGGAAGUAUCAAUUUCAGUCAGCAAUUAGUACGAACUCGACAAGCUACUGAAGCAAUUUUUUUAUUAUUACAAUAUGCAUUUGCUAUACUUGAUUAUAGACGAAUACAAUGGUCCUGUAAUGCAUUGAAUAGUAAAUCAGUUCGAGCAGCAUUACGAUUAGGUUUUCAAUAUGAAGGUACAUAG